AUGAAGGGCGUGCUGAUCGCGGAGUCGCAGCCAAACCUCUCACCGGCUGUGCAACCAGCCAUACAGAAGACUACCGAUCAGACGUGCUGGCACAGUUCUGAACAGAGUUUAUUCACCAGUGGUAUGGAAGAGCUAGCUAACAGUUCGGGAGAAUGCACUGAAGUAAACGGUGUUCACCGACAAGUGAACAUUUGGUUCGCUAUUUUUAAGCAGACUAAAAAAAUGGCUUUGCCUUCGAAAAUCUCCACCAGGAGUUCUUCGCAUGUUGACCCAGACGAUUCGUUCAACGACUCUAUGCACCUAAAUGAUUCAUGGUUCUAUGGACCACCAAAGAAAAAACAAGCUAUGAGUCCAAUAGUCGCUAAAGGAGGUACUUCAGGUGCAUCGUCUCGAGAAGGAUUCAAACGAGCUUCUUUAGUGGAAAAGAGUUUGGGCGAAAUGGAAACCUUCCCAAAGCAGCGUCUAGCUCUCGCGAAACUUGAUGAAUCUUCCAAAAUUUUUAAGAACUCACGAGUUUUUAGCUUUGAAUGCUCGAAAGAUUCCACGGGAGAGCGCCGCUAUCUUGUAAGCACACUUGAACGUUUUUGGGCUUGGUACAGUUCGCUAAAAGAACGUCACCUUUACGAGCUCAUAACAGAAUCUACGCCUUGCCGGCUAUACUUCGAUCUUGAGUACUCGAAGGACACCAAUCCCAAUAUUGAUCACGAAGUGGCUUACCAGUUCUUCAUGAAUACAUUGAAACGCCAGCUCAAAUUUGAGUACGACAUGGAAGUAGAACCAGACAAAGAUUUUCUGGUGCUUGACAGUUCUACGGACAGUAAAUUCUCUGCUCAUGUCAUUUGUCAUCUUCCCAAUGGAUAUUUGAUACCGUCUAAUACACAUAUUCGUCCUUUCUGCAGUCGGCUUCAUGAUGUUCUUCUUAAAAAUCCUGCUGUCAAAAUUUGGAAUACGGAUGGUACAAAGGAAACCGUGCUUUUCGACAGCGCUGUGUACACGAAAAAUCGAAAUUUUCGGCUAUAUCUGUCAUCAAAGCUCGGCAAAAGUACUGUGUUAAUGCUUGCUGAUUAUUGCAAGUUUUAUGGUUCAAGUAACCCAUCGGAUCGACAGAUCUUUUUUGAUUCACUCUGCGUUCCUGCUAACGCAGAGGAAUUUCCGGUACUAAAACUACUAGAAAUUAAAGAUCAUGAGGAAGUCAAACUUUGUCAGAAUCGUGUACUCUCUGUCGCAAAGAUGAAAGAAUGUUCCGGACCAUCACCAUAUCCUCAACUUGACGAAUUCAUGCUUAUGAUAUGGAGAAAAUGGAAUCAAUCCGUCUACAUACGACAGUGGAGAAGCGCUGUGAAUGAUCAAGGCAUUAUCACAAGUAUUACCUAUUAUCCCGCAAAGUGCCGCUUUUGUUUCAAUAUUGGUCGUGAGCACAAAAGCAACGGUACAUACUGGAAUGUCAAUCUCGAGAGGAACGACUUCUGCCAAAAGUGUUUUGAUGUGGAAUGCCGCGGUAUUUCAUCGAAUUUGUUCCCGCUGCCUUCAUUCAUAGUUAAUUCGUUGCAUAAGAGUGGUGGUCAUCUUGGUGACAGUGCUGAUCCAAACACCUCUGACGACGAUGGCAUAACAUCAUUUUUGAAUGAAAGCGUUACGGAACUGAAUGAAUUUUUCACAAAAUGGGAUGAAGUAUUUGAGCAACAAUAA